AAUGUAUCUCUUUCUAUUGUUUUUUUUUCUUUCUCCGUUCAUCCAUGAAUCCAUUCCGUUCCGGCUCCAAAGAAACAGCCAAACAAAACGCCACUCUCUCUAAAAUCAAUAAUAAUGUGUCCGCCAUUAAAUUCUGGCCAGCCAGUAUCAUUUUAUUAAUCAAGAGUUUAUUAUAGUCCAGCUAUAAAAUGCAAGUAAACAUAUUACUCAAACCUACAAGUUAACCAAACCCUCAUUGGCUAAAACAAUGGAAGUCUAUUGCAAAGUGUUUACCAUACUGCUUGCAGUUAAAUCAGUGUAUCUUUAUUGUGCUCCAUACAAUGGCCAAGUGUGUAAAAGUUAUUCCUCAGGAUUUGUAUGGUACAAUCACACAGGAGGCCUUGAGAAUGAGAAGAUUGCUACUGGCUUAUGGAAAGAGAUGAUAUCUAAUUUAAAAGAGCCAUGUAAAAGCAGGGCUGAAAAACUACUAUGUGCAUAUGCAUUUCCUAAAUGCAUCAAUAGAGAUGGAGAAUUUGCACUACCACUUUGUUAUGAAGACUGUAUGGCUGUAAAAAUGCAAUUCUGUUACAAUAACUGGAUAGUCAUAGAAGAGCAGAAAAAACUAGGAGUAUAUUUCCAAUCUCGUGGACACUUCAGGCUGCCUAACUGUGAAGAGCUGCCACAGUUUGCCGGGAAAGGGGCACAAGUGACUUGUAACAAUAUUGGCAUCACAGACAUGGACUACAGCCAGGUGACCACCAACUGCUACCACGGCAGCGGCCAGUACUACCAGGGGACUGUCAAUGUCACCGAGACCGGGAAGGCCUGUCAAGCCUGGGAGUCCCAGUCUCCACACAAACAUAUAAGACCCCCACUUGUGUUCCCAGAGGUGCAGAACUCCACCAAUUAUUGUAGAAAUGCAGGUGGUGAGGAGAAAAAGCCGUGGUGCUACACUAUGGAUUCGGAGGUUCGCUGGGAGCAUUGUGAUAUACCCAUCUGUGCCAACUCUAGUGAGGAUUUUGACAAUAUAGCUGGACCAAACAUUAUAAUGGAGAAUUAUUUUACACCAACCUUUGUUCUCCUGCUGUCAGUGGCGGGACUGGGUUGUAUUUUAGGAGUAGCCUCAGUGGCACUAUUAUGCCACUAUUUCCUAAAAAGCCAUUAUUCUAAGUGUAAUAUUGCUAGCAGAAGACUACCAAAUGUGGAUAUUGAUCUGGACAAACUUCCCAGCAACUUAGCCUAUCACACUACUGGGGCUCAAUUGAACCCUAAGUUGGAGAAACUAGAGUUUCCUAGAAAUAACAUCAUAUACAUUCGUGAUUUAGGCCAGGGUGCAUUUGGCAGAGUGUUCCAGGCUAAAGCUCCUGGAUUAAUACCUGAUGAAGAAUUCACAUUAGUAGCUGUAAAAAUGCUCAAGGAUGAAGCAUCACAUGACCUACAACUAGACUUUGAAAGAGAGGCAUGUUUGUUGGCUGAUUUUGAUCACCCAAAUAUUGUGAAGCUGCUGGGAGUUUGUGCUAUUGGCCGACCAAUGUGCCUGUUGUUUGAGUAUAUGGGGAAAGGUGAUCUGAAUGAGUAUCUGAGAGCUUGCAGCACUGCCCCUAACUACCCACCACUACUUGAGAACAGAGAAGAGAUGAGACUACUUGCCACCCCCCUCUCUCACCUAGAUCUGCUGCAUGUGGCCAGGCAAAUAGCCUCAGGAAUGGUGUAUCUGUCUGAUAGAAAAUUCGUCCACCGAGAUUUAGCUACAAGAAAUUGUUUAAUUAAUGAUGAUAUGGUUGUUAAAAUAGCAGAUUUUGGACUCUCACACAAAAUCUAUUUACAAGAUUAUUAUAAAGGAGAUGAGCAUGAUGCUAUACCGGUGAGGUGGAUGCCACUGGAAAGCAUCUUAUACAAUAAGUAUACUUUGGAGUCAGAUGUAUGGGCUUAUGGAGUGUGCCUGUGGGAGAUAUUCUCAUUUGCCUUACAGCCUUAUUUUGGGAUGACCCAUGAAGAAGUUGUAAGAUUUUUAAAGGAUGGCAAUGUUUUAGCCUGCCCUGACAACACUCCCCGCUGUGUGUAUGAUCUGAUGAAGCAGUGUUGGAACAGCCACCCCGGAGACCGACCCAACUUCAGGAUCAUUUAUCAGACACUAGAGAAUAUACAAAUGACUCUUGAGGGAACGCACACUGAUUAAUUCAUUAAGUGUAUGAUAUGUAUUUAUUUGUGAGUGUGUUGAUUAACUUUGAUAAGUUAUGUUUACUUGCCUUCCUGUAUUACGUUAAGAUUCUAUUACAUUCUUACCUAAGUGUAGAUGUAAAUAAGCUCAUUUAAUGGAAAGUUUUUAUAAGUAGGCUUUUAUUUAUGUCAAUUAGAUUUAACAAAGGUCUGAAACUGUGAACUUAAGAAAAUUCGGCUUACAUAAUGUUAUGAGUCCCUGACCCAUGACAGAUGGAUGGCUUAUGCUGAUGAAUGCACAAUGUUAUCAAGCAUUUAUUAUUCAGUAGGUAUAAUGUUCCCUGUACAAUUUUAUUUUUCUGAAUUGGUAUUUAAUAAGACUGAUAUUUCAUUUUAGUAUUUUAGUUUCUAUAGACCAAUUUUAUGCAUUUAAAAGUAUUAAUACAGAGCAUUUUACAUUUUUAAAUGCUUUAUCAUACGUAAUGACGCCCGUGAGAUGCCUUCCUGCAGGUGAAGCUAUGCAAUGAAUGAAAUUAAACGAUUAAUAUUGCCAAAUUAAUUUUAAAAAUAUUUGUACAAAUUGUAUAUUUUACCACACUUUACUGUACUACAAACUAGUUAUUUACCGUUUUAGUUCGUUGGUUUAAAGUCUUAUUUUGUAGAUAUAAAUCUAUUUUUAUAACAUAAUCAUUGUAAUUGCCGUUUUAGAAUAAUUAAUGUGAAAUAAAGGUUUUGUUUCAAUAAA